AUGAUUGUCCCAAAGGGCAUUGCUAGAGAGGGAUGUCAGCCUUCAGAUUCAGAAACAGACAGAAAGGAGCCCAGCAACAGAGUUGAAGUUGUAGUGACAACUACCUUGGGAUACCAUGGUGGUAGGGCUGGGCACGUCCACCUUUCUUCACACAUGUGGCAGUUAGGCAGCCCUCUUAUUCUGGCCACAACUUCAUUUUUUCCUAGAAAUUCUCAGUUUCUGGAUGAUCCCUGUCCUCCAAAGAAAUUGGUCUGUUCAGGAAGCAUCUUAGAGGGGAGUGAAGGAUGUGGGCUCAGAUGA